UUGACGAAGCUACGCCAGAUAGUUGUUUGAUAUAAUAAUGCUUUUGUUUUGACGCAAAUUCCUACUACUUCCGGCAUUACUCGUGCUAACAGACAAAGCUAAUUUACAGUCUUUGAGCAUCAUCCAAACAUUAGCUCGCUGGGUAGCUUUUUAGCUAACCAAACUCUCCAGAAAGACAGAGCGCCCGGUCUGGCUAAUCUAUGAGCCGCAAAAGAAACCACAGUUUCGCGGACACCAGCCUGUCUCCUGAACUCCACGGCGCCUUCAUGGAGCCUCCCGGGUCGGCAAGCCGAGCCGACGGCGAUUUCCUGGAGCUGGAGCCCGACGAGGAGCUGCUCUGCUCGGUCAGCGACAUCACCGAGCACCUCGGCAGAAACAUCACCGCGGUGCUGCAGACAGCGCUGUCCGAGAUCCGCAAAAUGGUCAGCAACAGGAUACGAGUCCUGAAAAUGGAGCUGCGAGAGAAAAGCGAAGAAAUAGAAGUAUUAAAGGCGAGGUUGGAUACAGUCCAGAGGGACCCUUUCCCGGGCGCUGCGACCGCAGAGCCCUCCGCAGACGCUGGCCUCAAGAAAACCGACUUUAGCUCCGGCAACAAACACAGCAGCGUCGACCCCAGAAGAGUCAAAGCUGUCAUGCCCGGCGUGAAGAAGGAGAAUAUAGACGCCAUUUGCGACUAUCUGAUGAAAGACAAGAACUCGAGGGGGUGUGCUGACAUGGACGGAGAUCAGAGCAGCCAAGCCAGCAGCGACAGGGAGGCUCGCCAAGAGUCGGACCCGCACUCCCUCAACCUGUGGCCAGAUAGCGGGAUGGCUGGCUCCGGGCCUGGGCACGGUGACUCCGAGUCCACAGCAGAUGACAUCUUCAGUAUGCUACCCUCUGGCAGCAAACGGAUGUAUGAGUACGAAUGGAUAGCGCCGAUGGAGUAUUCUGCAGAGCUGAAAGUCAUGAAGGAGCCUGAGUGUGAGAACACCCCGACCGGAGAGACAGAGGAUGAUGACGACGAUGAUGAUGAUGAUGAUGACGACGAGUUGUCGAGGAGUGAGGGGGGUGGACUGGAGCAGGCCCAGGCCCCGCUCUCACAAGUCCAGGCCUCUGAGUUCUCCAUGGAGCCCCAGAGCUCUCCAGGUGAGGGAGGGAGUCCCCUGGAGGGCAGCACAGACAGGCCGACGGCAGGCCAGCAGUUCCCCAGCCACACCUACAUCUGCUCUCUGUGUGGAACCUUCUGCCCUGACUCUGUGUUCCUAGAGGAACAUGUUAAACUGAUACACUCGGACUCUGCCGAUGCCCAGGCUCUCCAGGCCCUGCAGUCCACCUGCUCAGCUGCAGCCGCCAUGGGCGACGGCAGCAGUGACUCCAGGAGGGGUGGAGAAGGGGGACAGAACGAGGGUGGAGCAGGGGCUGGUGCCGGCAUCGGUCGGGGAGGGGGUACUGUGAAAAAGGAGAUUAAAAUUGAAGGGGGGUACGAGUGCGGGGAGUGUGGCCGCCAUUUUAACUACCUUGGCAACUUGCGGCAGCACCAGCGUAUCCACACCGGAGAGAAGCCCUUCAUGUGUCCAGAGUGCGGGGAGAGGUUCCGCCACGCAGCCCGCUUAAAAAGUCACAGGCUGGUGCACAGUGGAGCCCAAAGCCCCUUCCCCUGCCCCCAGUGCGGGAAAGGGUUCUCAGUGCUUUCUGGACUCAAGAGACAUCAACGGGUACACACCGGUGAGAGCCCGUAUGCCUGUCCACAGUGCGGCCGGCGCUUUAAGGAGCUGGGGAACCUGUACACCCACCAGAGGAUCCACAGCGGGGCCACGCCCUACUGCUGCCAGCAGUGUGGACGCAGCUUCCGUCACCUGGGAACCUACAAGAGCCACCGCUGUACGCCGGCACAGUAACCAGCCCAGCUGCUAUGCUUUCUACGCUUUCUGAUACCAACAAAUUUGAAGUGUAUGUUAGAGACAGAAUGUGGUGUUGAGUCUUCAUUGUGUAUCCUGAGAUGCUGCCCAAGCUGUUCCGUCACAUUCAUGACAUUUCACCCCUGCAUCAGGCAUCAAGAAAAGCUGUGUCGUUGUGCUUGACCUUCGGAAACUGCAGUUUGGCGAAACAGUGUCGACUCAAGGUUUACAUAAGCUACAUCACAGAUAGCAACAGUUUAUCAGCAGAUGGAGUUUGCUCAGUUAUCAUGAAACUGUUUUUAGGACUUUUUGUCAGUGUUUGCUUAAAAGUUGAGCCUGGAAGUUUAUUCUUGAACUUAGAAACUUAUAUAGAACCAUUUGGGAAGUCCUUGUUGGAAACUGUUUGGAAAAGGGUAGGCACUUUUCUCUAGAGGUGAUUGGAUAAACCAUCUUUCACAAUCAACCAAUCAGAUCAAUGAACCAUAUAACGUAGUCAAGCCAGUCGGGACAAAGAGAAAACAUCUUGUCCAUCAAGAAAAGUCUUGCUGUUCUGCUCUGCUUUCAAAGAAGAAAUACUCUUCAGCACUGACAUAACUGAUGCUAGCAGAAUCUAUGCUAACCUCUUUAGCAAUCGCCAUUGUUGUUUAAUGAACUUCUUGCUGCAUCACACCUUGUGCCCAUGUAGCUGCCUCAGAGGACACUGAUUGGUUCAGUACCACUGUAGUAUGGCCACAAACAUAUAGUCUGACACCUGGCAAGAUGGAUUCUUGUGUGCUCUUGUGUCCAGCUACCUCGCAAGGUUAUAGAAACUUUCAAAACUACAGAAACAUAACAGUUCCAUGACAACAGAGCAGACUCCAUCCACAGACGGGGCAGAACAAGUUAGUUACAGUGAAGCUAGAAUGUUUUUUUCAAAAAAUCAGAGGCCACCAGACACCGCAAAGAUAAGAGGUGGUUACAUUUUUAAGCCAAGUCAUCAGGAAGGGAGGUGGAUCCAGGCCUGAAACCCCAAAGGUAUUAUUAGUCACAUUUCUGGUCACUCACUUUAAAUUUGACCUCCAAAUGAAGUGGUUCAGGUAAUCUUGAUAAAGUGUGUAUUUCAGUAAAUUAUGGCAAUGACUAGACUUGAAGCUGGCUUGAGAUAGGUAAUCAGUCAUAGCAAACAUAAUUUGACCCUUGUGUAGUAAUACAGCUGAGAGCAGAUCAGCGCAGCAUGAGAAUGCAGUUAUGUUUGGUAGCCAACUCAUUGUCAAACACUCAAUGGUCAGCAUAGCAUGCUGGAGGCGUCCUAAAACCCUGAAGUUUCAGUCCCCUCUCCUCAAUGUCAAUGGGUUAUUUGAGUGGUUUGGUCAGAUGCCUGAAAUAAUGUCUGUGGUUAACACAUGCUUAAGAGAUUUUCCUGUUUUGUUCUACAACAUAAAAUGUCAGUAAAUACCACGACAGAUGUUAUCUGCGACAUUAAACAUCAGCACGCUGAACACGGAGACUUAUCUACUCACUAGUCCGCCUUGUUGUGUUUAUGUUCAUGCUCUUCCAAACUAUUCUGACUCAAACUUUACGAUAGGGCUGUAUUCAAAAUUAACUGUCAACAGCACAACAGACCGUUUGAAGUAGUUUGCCUUGUGAUCAAGCAAAGGGCGAUUCACUUGAUCAGCACAUCGGCUUGACUUAAAACAUACCCUAUUGACCUGUCAGUAAACCAAGCUAUUAAUGUGGUUUACUACAAAAAUGGAGGACACUAGCAAGUAAACCAUGGAACAAAGCUGUCCUGAGUGGACAAUCGCGACACCAAAGCAUCUGAGAAGCUUCUGUCGACUUUGUGCGAAGCAGCUGUCUAACUAUACAAUGAUAGCAAAUUGGCGAACUCACUUGCACUCACGUUAGCUUGCCACCCAAGUGAGGCACCACAGACAAGUGGAGCAUCUGGCCCCGUUUUAGAAGCUCGUAAAAGUAAAAGUUUUAUGCGCAGGGAUAAGGGGAUAUAUGGGCCACUGUUGUGGUAAGAGUAAAUUCUUAUCCUAUAGUAUAGCUUUUACAUUAUGUUUACAAAUUCAUUUGAAUGAAUUGCGUGUCAUUUGAAAUUCAUUUGAACGUGAUUUUUGGAAAAAGUGACUUUAUACUUUAUAACUUGUAGAUUUUAAUUACAAGAUUUAAUUGCAAGUUGGAAGUUUAGCGGUGGUGACCUUGAAGUCAUGCAACCGCGGUGUAGUUUGUAGCCUAAUGUUAGCAUUUUGCUUCUGGUGAUUGCAUUUACACUUCAAAAAUCAUUAAAGCGGUGUUCAUUCUUGAAAAUUAUCUUGCUGAACAAAAUCUGUAAGUAUCAUAAACCUUUGUUUACCACAGAGCUUAUUACCUGCAAUAAUCCAAUGGGAAAAUCACAUCAGAUUUUUGUAGAAGGAACCAAGAUGAUGCUAACUUCAGGGUUGGACGACAUAAUUGCUGCAGCUCUCUCUAGUACUUGUAUUUACUUUGACUUGUAUAACAUUGCAGGACUUUUACUAGUAACAGAGUGUUUUCGCACUGUGGUAUUGCUACUUUUACUUUAAGUUAAAGAUCUGAGUACUUAUUCCAGCACUGCUGAGAAGCCUUUACAUUCACUUAUCCAUUAUUCAUACUGCCUGGAUUGUGUUUUAUAUCUCACUGCUACCUAUAGCAACAACAUGUUUCGGACUCAUAUUUCCUUCAAAAUAUGGGCUCCAUGUAUUGGUGGCGCUUCAAACCUAGAACAACAUGGUAGCACCUUUGAAAUUUACUGUAAUGGACAUGAAUCAAGGGUUAGGGUUAGCGUUCUGCUUGUGGUGCUCAAAGAAAAAAAAAUGCAUUGGAAAAACUCAACAGCAAUGUCUCUUUCCAGAAAUCAUGACUCAGUUCCUCAUUGUGAGCAGGUUCAUGUUGGAACUAUUCUCUUUCUACUGAACAACACCCGGCAACCGUACCUUAACGUUAGCUGUCUCAAUGGUUAAAGGUGAGCUAGCUAAUGUUACAGCUUAUUAAUGUUUACUUCCUGUUCUCUCAUGAGUCUCUCCUCUGUGAGUAGAAGCACGCUUCCUUCAGCGUGGUGAUAUGUAGAAAGAAAAUAGUUCCUACAUGAAACUGCUCACAACAAGGUCUGUGGAUUAUCAGAUAGCUGAGUGGCAUUUGGUUCCAUUAUAUUGGAGAGAAGGCAGACAUAUCAAUGACAUAUCUCCAAAACUCAACUACUCACAGCAAAGCAAUAUAGAUGGAUAAAUAGUGCUACAAGUAAAAGUAAAAAUAUGUAUUUCUGAUUUUGGGGUGAACUGUCCCUUUAAAGCUGCAGUAGGCAACUGUUAUAAACCUAACUUUUUGUCACAUUUCUUGAUAUUUUCACUAUGUUCUGACAGUAGUACAUACAAUACAAAAAUCAGGUUCCUCUGGCUGAGAAAGAUAUAAAGACACUUUGGAUUGGAGGCUUGAAGACAGUUGAAUGUUGAGUCUGAUUUACAGGGGGGAGAUACUCAACAAUCAACUAUCUUUCUCGGCUCUGAUUGUUGUUUUUCUUCAGGCCCGGUGGAUUCACGCAAAUGCCAGUAGGAGCACUAGGAGGAGCCAUAGGAACCUGAUCUUUCACAGAUUAUCUGUCCCAUGUCCUACUGUCAGGAUAUAGUGAAAGUUUCAGCAAAUAUGAAAAAAAGUUAUUUUAAUCAAAAUAACCUACUACAGCUUUAACUAAAAAUAAAACUGAAAAUUUUGCUGAUUGGAUUACAUAUCUGGAAUAUAUUUCAGAAUCCAUUCAUUCAUUUCAGCCUCAACCUACUGAUCCUCCAGGACACCCUCUCAUGACCUCACUCUGUGGUGACAGACCGGUCUGUUAACAGUGCACCACCACCUACGUGUGGACUGACUGUGUAACUACAAGGGUCAUACUGUCUUUGUUCAUGACACUGCUUGGUGCUAUGUGUAGAGCAGAACGUUUACCAUAUCAUUUUUAACCAGUGUAAUCUAAUGUUACAGACUAUAUAUUGGUUAUUUUAUACGUUUGCUUGUAUGACGACUAAAGUUGUGUGAUGACGGGAGAAGAAAAAAAAACCUGGAAGGAAAAUAACAUCCCAAGUGUCUGGUGUGUUUACUCAGUUGGUCUGGUUCAGUGAAAGCCCAUUAGGCUUGUGUGUAAAAUGAGUUUCUAGGUCUAAGCACUGUGUGGAAGACUAAAAGCAAGAAAACAACUUGUGGAAGUGAAACGCUAACCAUUGACAAUCUGCUUCCUAAUAAACAGUUGUCUUAAUGUCAUGUAUGAGUAUGUUGUUUAACUGUCAGAGGUGGAAUGAACAUACUGUCCAGUACUUUAAGCUGCAGUAGGUAAUUUGUCAUAUUUGCUGAAACUUUAACUAUAUCCUGACAGUAGUACAUGACACUGAUAAUCUGUGUAAACAACCAAUCAGAACUGGGAAAGAUAGACUACUAUCUAACAAGUAUCUUGACUGAUUGGUUGCUGUUAUGACAAAAAAAAGUUAUAAAAAUGUCCUCCUACAGCUUAA